GAAUGCUUGUCGCUAACUUCCAGGCAUAGUCCACUGCCACAACAAAAAUAUUUUGAGACCUACUCCAAAGCCGACAUGUCCCGUAGCAAUGCCGGAAGAGAUGGUCCACAGAUUCAAUCGCCUUUGCAAUUUGCAUAACUUAAACCCCACUACUUUACUUGCAUUAAACAUGCAUUAUAUAACAAGGACCAUUGCAAGCAUGCCACUUUGAGUUGAACUUUUGUUCUCCAUAGCAUUUUCCAAGGCCGACACAUUCUCCAUUCACAGUAGUUGAGUCAUUAGCAACUUGUAACCCUCCAUCUGCCUUGUGCUGUCAUAACAAAGAGUCUGCCGUAUCAGGAUCAUCACAGGUUCUAGUUUCUCAAAUUAUAAUUAACACUUCCAUUUUCCAAUAAAAAGAUUCCUUUGUUUGGCUAUCUUCUUAUUACACCCUUUGUCCCUAAAACAAUGACAGGUAUAGAGUAGAUGACAAAUCAUCUCAUCCCGUAAUUCUUCGAACAGAAUUCACGUAUGUGCUAACUACAUGUGGAAAGCAUUUGAAGUCACAUUUUUCAGUUAACAGUUAUUAUUGAGAUGAUUUAAAGCAAGCUAAAGAAAAACAACUUGACUCGUGCAAUAACAAUACCAAAGUUAAGGCUUUUAGUUUGAGGGGUAUUUUUGAGCCAAAAACAAAGGUUAGGGGUAUUUUUAGAUCAAACAGUGAAAGGAGGGUAUUUGUGAAUCAUUUUCCAUGCGUUGGGGGAUAUUUUGGCCCUUUUCAAUAAACCGUAGUUUUUUAAUUACUUUUCCUAGAGUUGUGGCUUGGUGAAAAGAGAGAGAGGCCUUGAUAGAGUCCUCCACCUAAUGAUACAAGGUAGAGUUAUAACUUAUAACCAUUAGAUUGGUUUCCAAUACGGACAAUAUAAUAUUUGCGAAAUAAAACAAAUUUUCCCUGGAUCAUCAUUUUUAAACAUCUUUUAGAUACCUAUAUUAUUGAAUUGAUCUAUAAUAUUUGUUCCGUAAUUUCUAAAAUAUAUAGUAAUUUUUAUCUCAAGAAAAUUAAGAAUUUAGUAUCGGAAUUCACAUAGUUUUUUCCCACGAAGAGAGUAAAGCAUAAGAAAACAGCAACACUGGAAAAAAAAUAGAAGAAUCAGUAGGGUGAUUAAACAAGGAUAUAUUUAUGUGUAUGUAUGACUGAAAAAAGAAUGUGAUGAUAGAUGAUUAACUUGGGAGAUUAUAGGACCUAAACAGAAAUAAUGCAUGAACUAUUAGUGGGAAGUUACUAUAGCUUGACCAUGUUAUAUAGCAUAUGGUGCAAACUUUAUUUUUUUUUUAAUUUUUUUUUAAACUGAACAUUAUUCAAAAAGUAGUUAAAAUCUUCAAUGAGAUGUCUUAUAACGUGUCCGAAUAACCGUUGGUCAAGCAACACUUCAUUGUUUUUGUCAACCAUUUUUCUAUAGCAUCCGUUUGCUUGCUGAAAUAUCGGAGCUUUCUUGAUUCAAACAUAUGCUUGUUUUUUUCCCAACAAAAUAUGCCAUUAUUAUCCAAUUUUCCUACAUUUUCUGGCAAACGGUUCCAUCACAUUGCAUUCUUGUUGCUUAUGGGUUUUCUUCUCUCUUCUAAAACUCAACUCCAUUGGUAAUGUAUUAUUAGUUCUUUCUCCUUCUAUUCAAUUUUUAGUUCUACGGAAUUUAUCUACAAGUGUGAUCUUCGGUAAUGAUAUUCUUCUUGCUUAUGAUUUUUGCCAUUCGUAAUUUCGCUUCCCUCUUCUCUACCUUUAUCAAGAUUCAGUAAAUAUGUCAUCCAAAAAGUUGCAAGGAGCUGAAUUGUCUCUGUCAUGUGCAGAGCAGCAAGCUAAGAUCAAUGAGGUUAGAAAGCUGAUUGGUCCUGCUGUUGACAAGUUUCCAGCAAUGUGUUCGGACGCAUCAGUUCUAAGGUUUCUCAGGGCACGGAAUUGGCAUACAAAAAGGACAGCCAAGAUGCUAAAAGAAACUCUCAUAUGGAGACUUGAAAACAAACCAGAGAUGAUCCGCUGGGAUGAUAUUGCUCAACAAGCAGAAAAUGGAAAAGUUUACAAAGCCAACUACUUUGAUAAGCAUGGAAGGACAGUGCUUGUCAUGAGGCCUGGAAUACAGAAUCCUUACUCAGUAGAGAAGCAAAUGAGAUAUUUAGUCUAUUGCAUGGAGAAUGCCAUACUGGAUUUAAAACCGGGCCAGGAGCGAAUGGUUUGGUUAAUCGACUUUGAAGGGUGGAACAUGUCAAGCAUAUCAGUGAAGGUGACUAGGGAAACAGCACGUGUUCUGCAAGAUCGUUAUCCGGAGAGGCUAGGCCUUGCAAUCCUUUAUAAUCCACCAAAAGUUUUCGAGUCCUUCUGGAUCUUGGUAAAACCAUUUCUUGAGAAGAGGACAUACAAGAAAGUGAAGUUUGUCUAUCCAAAUGAUGUACAUACUCAAAAAGUAAUGGAAGAUCUGUUUGAUAUGGACAAGCUUGAGUCCUCGUUCGGGGGGAAAUGCACACAAGGUUUUGACUACGUCGCUUACUCCAAACGCAUGAGAGAGGGGGACAAGACAAUGUCUGAUUUUGUUAAAUCUGGUGCUCCAUUGCCUUCUGACCAAAAUGUGACAGCUGAAACACGCGAAUCCUCAGCACCAGACAAUAGUUUCGAGUUGUCUGAGGAUGGAAUAUCGUCUACUGAUGAAACAACGUCGAAUUUGGAAAGUUCAGACGAGACUGAAGAUCUGCAGAUGAGUUGUAACAACGAGAUCAAAGUUGAUCCAAAUGCUUCAAAACAGAUAAAACAAAGCGAGUAGACAUGAGAAGCAGCUACUUGUUUCUCUCUUUUUUUUCCUUUGGUCUUUCAUUAUUCUUCAUGAUAACUUUGUUUAGUACUACUUAAUAUGCAAAUUAUUGUAACAAUAUGCAAUUAUAUCACAGCUAACAACUACUUCCCCCUGAAAUGUAUAUUGCUGGUCUAUCAUUUGAAGAUGUUCUAAUUAGUUGUAGUUUUUGGCACAUUAAUAGUUGUAGUAAUAUUCAGUCUGU